GUAAUAUGCGACCAUCAAAAACUUUUACAGAUGGAAUUAUUACGUUAAUACCUAAAAAAGGUGCAAAUAGUGUGCAUUUGGAUGAUUAUCGUCCGAUUAGUUUGUUAAAUUGCGAUCUGGGUGCAGAAUAGUUGUCCGCAAAGCGGCCUCAAUUUAGUACUGUCAAAGCGGAACCAAUUUACUGUUCGCAAAAUAAUACGAAGAAGUGACAACAACCAGGAAUUGCUGGAUAUGGACUCUUUGACCGACAAAUUUGAAAUGGAAUGUGACUCUCAGAUCUCGCGAACAUCUCCACCAAAAGCGGUAAUCGAUUCGAGCCCAUUACAAACAGCAAUGGAUAAAAAUAAAGAAUCACUUAAGGUGAAACUAUUAGUGAGACGCUCACUAAAUCAGCUAGUAGAGCAGGGAAUCAUGCCAUCUCCCAAAACCUCGCCGGCAAUCUAUGAACAAACGCGUCAGCUUGAACGAGCAAAAACAGGAGACAUGCUUAAGGCUAAAAUAAAACAACGGCCUGAUAGAAUGGAAUUGGAGAGGCGGCAUAUUCUUGAGCAUCAGGAGGGAAAUAUUGAUCCCAGUUUGGCGGAGAAAAAGCGAAUGCUAGAAAAGGCUCUAUUGGUUGAUCACCUGAAUUCAAAAAUAUCGCAUCGCCCAGGACCUUUGGAGCUAAUUGAAAAGAAUAUUUUGCACGCAGACGAGCCGAUUGAGCGUAUUGUUAAGGAAGGUCUGGUCAAUUAUACACCAACGGACGAGGCUGUUUCACCAGGGCAGGCACUGCUAAGUCCCGAAAGUAUGGUUUGCAUUGAGGACGACUCACUGAGUUCGGAGGGAGAAACGCAACAUUUACACAAAAUUCAGCCUAUCAACGUCAUCUAUCUGGCCCAGCCUCAGGCCACAAUAACGUCCGAAGUUAUCGCAGCGCCUUGCAUUACUAUCGAACCAAGCGCAGUUGCAGCAGAUUUACCGAAGGAAUGUUCUUUUUUCUUUCGAGCGCUUGAUUCGGUCAAACCGGAGAGCUCUGAAAAAUCUUCCGUAAUUGCUACUGAAACCAGUAGAAAAACAAUUUCUAGUAGCUCAAUCAAAAAUGAUAUUAAGGAAAAAAUCAAGAAAAAGAGCAAAAAUAAAGCUAUUUCAAAAGCCAGAUCAAUAAAAUUCCACGAAUAUAAAGGCCCGCCCAAUGCGCAGAAGCACUCAUCUAUAUCGGUGCAAAAAAGUGGCGAAACCAACUAUCAGCUAAUAAUGAAGCAACAGUCUCUUUUAGAGUACUUGGAAGAUCUAUGCAAAAAUCCACCAGCCUUGCCGGCUAGUUCCAAAAUGUCAUUUUCUGCUAAAGAAAAGGAUACAGCACAAGGCGGCGAAUCAAGCUCGUUGCAUAAAUUACCUCCCGAUCCUGCGACGGAAAAGUUAAACAAACUGAAAGUUUUUCAGCUCAAACGGUACUGCAAAACUUAUAAUCUUCCCGUGUCUGGUUCAAAAUCGAGCCUGGUGGACAGAUUGAAACCAUACCUGCACAUGAUGGAGAAAAUCCCAGACUUUGAGGGUAAAGGCACCAGCGUGGAAGCUCUGUGUAGCAGUGCAGCGCACGAUCCUAAAAAUCAAGAUACAAUUGAGGAAAAUUUGUUGAAAGAACAACAAAAACGUAUCGCAGAGCUGCAGAGGCAGUUGAAAAAGAGUCAGGAAGAACUGGAACUGAUCAAGCAGAAUCAAAAGAAAUCGGAGCAAGAUUUUCUGACUCAGACGGUCGUACCCACGACAUCGAAAGAUGAUCAACGUUCGGAAAUAAUGCAAUUCAAGGGAGAAGAGAUUAACAUCACCCCACUUGCUACGGAUAAAAUUUUAUCAGAAAUGGACAUCAAGAUCACCGUGCGAAUUGAUCCCGACACCACGAGCACCUUGUUGAAGCCUAAAUCCGAGCCCAACUUUGGCGACACUGAGAUUAUGGCGAUCCAGCCUCAGGAUGGCAAAGUCGACAGUAGUAUCAACAGCGGUGCUUUCGAAGCAUGGAAGGCAAAUCAGCAUUUGGAAGCGAUUGGAAGUGCGAGUGAAACUGUGCCACACUGUAAUGACUCGUUUGGCAAAAUGGUAGAUGAUUACGUGUCUAACAAUGAAACGUUGGAUAAGUUGUUGGGCCAAGUGCAGCCGGAUAUUCCCAACAUAUGCAAGAGCGUUGAGCAUAGCUACACGAAUCAUAUUUCAACAGGUUCUUGUAGUCAAAACAGCAGCAUGACAGCUGACUUAACAUCAAAUUCGCUGGAAAAUAACUGUUUGCAAACACCACUUGUACUUAGCGAUUAUAACGAUGUCGAUCUUUUGGAUUUUCCCAUGCACAUUGACGACACCUGCGAUACUGUCUACUCAUUGCCGAAAACUGAUAACAGUGCUUUCCACCAAGCGAUGGAAGUGCGCGAACCCGAGUGCAGCAGCAACCACUUGAAGCAGCUAAAUUUUGAAGCGGAGAUGCACACUGAAAGCAAUGACUCUGAAAAUAAUGAAAGGUCAGAGGAGAAAAAUAUGUUCAAUGAUUUUGACGCACUUGUGCAUAGUGAACCAUUCUGCGACAUGUUUUCGGGUGGCCGAAAUGUUGGCAAUCCCGACAUGACGGAAGGGAAAGAGCUUACUAAAGUGUCUCACAGCAUUAACGAUAUUAAUCAAAAUUACACCCCAAGCACCGCUGUUAUAUUGUCUACUUGCUUGCUCGGCGCACAACAGAGGCAUUUAGAAAAUUUCCUGAUCCAGUAGCAUGCAACACAGUUAAGCGCGAGUGGUCCCCAAGUGACAUGUAUUACGGGUCAGCCAAAUACAAACCGACGCCGCCGCCACCUGCAUGCAUCCAGCAAAGUGUGCAAUUGAACCACAAUCACACCGAGUUGGUGAACAUGACCGGUGAUAAAAUUAGCAAUGGUAGGUUUAACUUCGACGGUAGUGAAAGGAAUAGCAGUAAUUUGAUGUGUAAUAGCAGCACCAGCAACAACAACAGCCACCCAGGGCAAGUAAGCCCGAUGGACUUUGAUAGCUUACUAUCAAACAUAGAUCUACCAAUCACACCGCAGGUUUGUGAUCGAGGCAUGAACGAUGGAAGUCAAGAAAAAAUGUUGUAUGAUCUACAGCAAAAUGGUUUACUUGAUUACUUUAACGAUGAUUAUGGCAUGCAAAAUGAUUCUUUCACAUGUGAAAUAAAUAAUACAAGUUACUGAAA